AUGAAGGAAGCCAGCUGCGACAACAAAAAGAUGGAGGCAUACUGCAACACAGUGCGCCGCCUUGAAGAUAAGUUCGACGGGCUCGAGCUCAACCAUAUCGCGUGCAUGUACAAUGAGGAAGCGGAUGAACUGGCCAAGAUCGCGUCAGGGCGGACCACCGUUCCCCUGAACGUCUUCACCCGCGACCUCACCAAGCCAUCCGUUGACUUCAAGAAUCCAGCAGAAGCCAUCGGAGCAGCACCCGAACCCUCGGGGGCUGCGACCGCCGAGCCCUCAGCCGAAGACCCCUCGGCAGAGGAGUCCGAGGCCAUGGACACGGAAGCCGAGACCUCCUCGGCAGAUGAGGCUGAAGCAAUGGAGAUUGACGAGGCCCCACCUCCACGUGACUGGCAUGCCCAGUCCCUCGACUGGAUGAUCCGAGGGGUCUUACCCUCGGACCGCGCUCAGGCGCAGCACUUCACCAGACGGGCCAAGUCCUUCAUCCUGAUCGACGAUGAACUAUACAAGUGCAGUCCCUCGGGUGUUCUGCAAUGUUGCAUACCCAUUCCAGAGGGCAAGGAGCUAAUCCGGGACAUCCACGCCGGAGUUUGCGGUCACCACGCGGUGCCACGAACCCUCGUGGGUAACGCGUUCUGGCAGGGAUUCUACUGGCCCACUGCAGUCGCCGACGCCACUGAUGUCGUGCGGACCUACGAGGGCUACCAGUUCUACGCCUGGAAGACGCAUCUCUCGGCUCACGCUCUACAAACCAUUCCAAACACAUGGUCGUUUGCUGUGUGGGGACUGGACCUCGUCGGACCCCUGCAGAAAGCGCCCGGGGGCUUCACUCACUUGCUAGUAGCGAUCAACUAG